GCCAGCCGGCCAGCCAAGUUGACGACGCAACCAGCAGAAGUCUUCUCUAACCCAGCCGCAGCCCGCAGCCACAGGGACGCUCAUUCGCAUCGCCACCUUCCUACCUCGCCAUCCCGACUCGACCUGCGGCCAAUGGCGGACCAGCUCACCGACGACCAGAUCGCCGAGUUCAAGGAGGCCUUCAGCCUCUUCGACAAGGAUGGGGACGGUUGCAUUACUACUAAGGAGUUGGGGACUGUUAUGCGAUCACUGGGGCAGAAUCCGACUGAGGCAGAGCUACAAGACAUGAUCAAUGAGGUAGAUGCAGACGGCAAUGGAACAAUUGAUUUUCCUGAAUUCCUCAACCUGAUGGCCCGCAAGAUGAAAGACACUGAUUCCGAGGAAGAGCUCAAGGAGGCAUUCCGUGUGUUUGACAAGGAUCAAAAUGGUUUCAUCUCUGCUGCUGAACUACGUCAUGUCAUGACCAACCUGGGUGAGAAGUUGACUGAUGAGGAGGUUGACGAGAUGGUCCGUGAGGCUGAUGUUGAUGGUGAUGGCCAGAUCAACUAUGAUGAAUUUGUUAAAGUCAUGAUGGCCAAGUAAGUUGCAUUCUGAGAGAAGCUUCAGUAAUCAGAAUCCAGAGACCAAAAUUACCUAUCCCGAUGCUAUUUUGUGGGAUGGUUAUAGUAAUGAACUGAAAACAUUAUAAGACUGCGAGACUUCUUGUGCUGUGUCAUAUGCUCCGGGUAAUGCUUGUUUGCCUUAAAGGUUUUAUAGAUCCUGUUUUGGUCUUUCUGAUUUUGUUUCUUCGAUUAUCUCUGUUUAUUUAUUUUCCAACUUUUCAAGAGUGUAGCUACAUUGUGUUGAUGAACAAUUGUAUUUUGUUGUUCCAUAAUUUUCAUUGUGAGCUAACCA